AAAAAAAGGAAUAAUAAUUAAUCAAGAAACAUCCAAAAAUCACAGCUAAACUAACAGCAGUUUCUCUUCUCUCAGUCUCAGAUUCCCCUUCAAUGGCCUUCACGUGAUAGUGCUCACCCACCCCCCUCAAUCGUCUCCUUCACUCCACCAAUGACCAAAGCCAAGAAGAAGAAGAAAAAAAAGGUGAAAAAGAAAAGCAGGAAAAAUACAUACAUACAAUUCCCAAACAGGAAUGCAAAACCACCAUUUCCUCCACGCAUAAAUACAAAAAGACACACACACACACACACACACUCACCAGCUCAUCAUUGCCCCCACAAAUUCACAAAUGCCUUUCCCCAACUGCAAAUUUUGAGCAGAAUUCCGCCGCACCAAUCGAAACUCGAAAAUUUUGGGGACGGAAGAAUGUGUUACGUCGGCAAAGCGACGAAGAUCUUCGUCUUCAUCGUCGCGAUUCUCGUCAUCACCGGGCUCGUCCUGGGGUUCACGCUGCUCAGGCAUCACGGAAUUCGCAAAAAAUCGCACGAUUGCUACUCCGAUUCGUGCGCGGAGACAGCUCCAAUCGUUUUCCCCGCUCCGGAUUCCAAUCCGAGCUCGGCCGCUCCUAAUCCUUCCGGCAACUCGAAUCCGCCGCCCCCGCCGCAGAGUGAGAGUUCAGGCUCCACUGUUCCGGAUUCGCCACCGCCGCCGAGUGAUAAUUCGAGUCCUAGUGUUCCGGAUUUGUCUCCGCCUCCUCCGGCAUUGACUUCUCCGCCGCCGCCGAUGCCCACGGUCUACCCGCCGCCUCCUGCAGUGGUCUCGGCGGCUCCGCCGCCGGCGUUUAGUCCGCCUAAUCCAGUGCCGGCGGCGCCAGGUCCAGUGAAUAAUUCAUAAUUCUGCUCUUUUUUAUUCGAUUAUUGCUUAUCAAUUUGACAUCUGCUUACUUCUUUUUAAGAGUUUUGUUAUUCUGCCAUAGAUCUUCGAUGAAUUGAUAUUGUAUAGUAGAAUUGAUUUUUUUUUUCUUUUUUUUUUUAUUUCAAAUUUUUGAUAGGAUUGGAUGAUUUUUUCUACUUUACAAUCAUAAAAUCUUUGGAGCAGAGUAUUAUCUUUUAGAAUUUUGAUAGGAUUGGAUGUUUUUAUUUUAUACUACUACUAUUCAAUUCGUUUAUUAUUUUCGGAGUGUCGGAUGUAAUAAAUUAUUGGGGUAUUUAUUUUCAAAUUAUUCAUGUAUAUUUAAAUA